UACUCGCUAAUAAUUUUUUUCUUAGUAUAUAGACUAUAGAGGAUCAUCAUUCAACUUCUUACAAAACAGAGAGAUAGCACAUGAGUUCCAAUGGGAAGACUCUUCUUCAUCUCUGUCUUUCUUCUUCCAUACGUCAUCAUCAACAUCAUCACCUUCGCUCUCCCUCUCUCCACCGACUCACGCUGGAUCGUCGACGACGGCAUCAACAAAGGUCGGCGCGUGAAGCUCACGUGCGUCAACUGGCCGUCCCAUCUUGAAACAGCGGUGGCUGAAGGACUGAGCAAGCAGCCACUGGAUUCGAUCGCCGAGAUGAUCGUCUCAAUGGGUUUCAAUUGCGUUAGAUUGACUUGGCCUCUCUACUUAGCCACCGAUGAAUCUUUCUCUGAUAUCACGACUGUGAGACAAUCUCUUCUCAAGCUUCGUCUCUUUCAAGCUGUUUCUGGUUUUCAAGUUCACAAUCCCACGAUUCUUGAUCUCCCCCUUAUCAAAGCUUUCCAGGAAGUAGUGUCUUGUCUUGGAAAACAUAAAGUAAUGGUGAUCUUAGACAAUCACAUAAGCCAACCUGGUUGGUGUUGUAGUGACAAUGAUGGAAACGGGUUUUUCGGCGAUAAGCAUUUAAACCCUCAAGUUUGGAUCAAAGGGUUAAAGAAGAUGGCAUCAAUGUUUGCUAAUAACGUUUCAUCAAAUGUGGUUGGUAUGAGUCUAAGGAACGAACUUAGAGGUCCUAAACAGAACACUAAAGAUUGGUAUACGUAUAUGAGAAAAGGCGCUGAAGCGGUCCACUCCGUUAAUCCGAAUGUUCUUGUUAUUGUCUCGGGUUUAAAUUACGCUACUGACUUAUCUUUCCUCCGAGACAGACCCUUUGAAGUUAGCUUUAGGAGGAAACUUGUGUUUGAGAUACAUUGGUAUGGAUUUUGGAGUUCUUGGGAAGGAGAUAACUUGAACAAGAUUUGCGGGAGAGAAACCGAGAAGAUAAUGAAAAUGUCGGGUUUUUUGCUCAAGAAAGGGAUUCCAUUGUUUGUAAGCGAGUUUGGGGUUGAUCAAAGAGGGAACAAUGUGAAUGACAAUAAGUUUCUAAGUUGUUUUAUGGCUUUAGCAGCUGAUCUUGAUCUAGACUGGGCACUAUGGACACUUGCAGGAAGCUAUUACAUAAGGGGAAAAACCAUUGGAUCGGAUGAAACUUAUGGAGUUUUGGAUUGGAAUUGGUUAAACGUAAGGAACUCAACCAUUUUGCAGAUGGUUUCUGCAAUUCAGACUCCUUUUACAGGACCAGGUCUAAUGGAAACUCAACCAAAGAAAAUAAUGUUCCACCCUUUGAGUGGACUUUGUAUCGUAAGAAAACCAUUGUUUCGACUAAAGCUUGGUUCUUGUAAAAGAUCAGAAAGCUGGAGACUUUCUUCUCAUCGAGUUUUAUCAUUAGCAGAAGAACGAAUCCUCUGUUUAAAAGCUUAUGAGAAAGGAAACCCUGUGAAGCUGCGUUUGUUUUUCACUGAGUUUCAGUGUUCAAAAUGGAGACUUUUGUCUGACUCGAAGAUGCAACUCUCGUCCAUAACAAAGAAUGGAGCAUUUGUUUGUUUGGAUGUGGAUUCACGCAGUAACAAGAUUGUGACGAGAAGAUGUAAAUGUUUACAAGGAAACUCGAGUUGUGAUCCGAGAAGCCAGUGGUUUAAGCUUGUUACUAGCACGAGAAGGCGGUCUAUAUCAAAACCUUUUCUUCAAAUUAGUUCAUACUCCAAGAUAUCUCUUCAGAAGGCUGUGUCAGUCUAACAAGGUAAUCAAGUGAAGGUUCCAACAGCUUUACUGCUUUAGGAUGUCUAAUCCGGUUUGGUUUUUGGAUCGGCUUUACUCCUACCCUGCACAGUGCUGAGAUGUGAACUGACAAUUCAGUUAUACACAUUGCGUUGUAUAACAUUCGUGAUCUGCAUUACACAUAAUACACACACUGUACAUUUUACUAACAAAUAUUAUUUAUGUGCCUAAACUAAUUUAGAAGGGUGAAGAUCUUACAUAUAUAUAAACAACUAUUUCAGUAAUAACUUCACAAUAUAGCUGUAUUUUCUUCUAUAUUUAUGAAUCUUGCUUCUUCUC